UCAUUAUUUUCAAGUUUAGAUGAGAUUAGAUAAAUGUGUAAUUGGUAUAAUAUUAUGUAGCUUAUGAAACAGACCUGAGGAAUAAUGAUCAACAUUCAUUCAGCGACGUGGAUUUGUGUGACUCUUCUGACUGUCUACAACUUUAUGGAAUCUCAAUCCGAACAAUUACAGGUGGUUGGUCCAGAAGCUCCUCUUGUUGCUGUAGCUGGUGAAGAUCUGGUUCUGCCCUGUUUUAUCAAACCCAACACCAGUGCUGUGGACAUGACAGUGGAGUGGAUGCGAAUAGAGGAAGUGGCUUCAUUAGUGCAUCUCUAUAGGGAUCAUGAAGACAGAAAUGAAGAUAAUUUGCAGUCCUACAGAGGAAGAACAUCACUUUUUAAAGAGGAGCUACAGAAAGGCAACGCUUCACUCAAACUGUCAGCUCUCCGACUCGCUGAUGAAGGAAAAUAUAAGUGCCUCAUUGAGGACAAAUCCUGGUAUGAUGACAUCACUCUUCAUGUUAUUGUUGAGGUUCUAGGAAGCCACCCAGUGAUAAUGAUGGAGAGUUAUGAUAACUCAGGAGGGAUUAAUCUAGUCUGUGAGUCCAGAGGCUGGAAACCUGAACCUGAUGUUCUGUGGCUGGACAGAGAAGGAGUCACUCUGACUGCUGAAGAUACACAGAUACACAGAGACACUGAGGGCUUCAGUGUGAAAAGCCGCAUCACUGUUUAUGAUUAUAGCGACUCUAACAGGUUUUACUGCAGACUUCAGCAAAAACAUCACAUGAUGGAGACAGACAUUAUCAUCAGUAGUGGCGUCUUUGGUGUUUGGAAGUGGGCUGUCAGCAUUUCAGCUGUAGCAUGUCUUUUUCUUGUUGGACUGAUACUAACUGUGUUUUUUGGCUACAAGAAAGUCUCAGAACUUCAACAGGAGAAGCAAUAUGCAGAACUUCUAAAGAAGAAGAUGUUUAGAGGUAAGAACUAUUUUAACUUCAAUGUUGUAAAAUUAGAGUCUUUCCUGUGUGUGAUUUAUCAGUAAUGUGAUCAAAAAGCAUUAUUUACUUACCCCCAACACUCCCUUACCAACACACACCAACACACACACAUAAUAUAAUAUUUCUCUUUAACAGCUUUACACAUAUCAGCAGAAUUACAGGCACAUUGUUUCUCUGAAUUAAUAAUUAUUUUUGUUGUGUGAAAAUGGUGUGUGUUCGAAGUUCGAAGAGUGAGUGUGCUGGAUGUGGGGGGUCCAGAGUGAUUUUCUUUGCCCUUUUGCUCACUCUGGAGAAGUACAGGUCUUGGAGAGUGGGGAGAGUUGUGCCAAUGAUUCGCUCAGCAGUCCGGACUACCCUCUGUAGUCUUCUGAGGUCAGAUUGGGUGGCUGAGCUGAACCAAACAGUAAUUGAGGUGCAGAGGAUGGAUUCAAUGAUUGCAGUGUAGAACUGUUUCAGCAGAUUCUGUGGCAGGUUGAACUUCCUCAGCUGACGAAGGAAGUACAACCUCUGCUGGGCCUUUUUCACAAUGGAGUCAAUGUGAAUGUUCCACUUCAGGUCCUGGGAGAUUGUGGUUCCCAGGAAUCUGAAUGACUCCACUGCUGUAACAAUGCUGUCCAUGAUGGUGAGUGGGGGGAGAUCAUCUCCACUGUCUUGAGUGUGUUCAGCUCCAGGUUGUUAAGACUGCACCAGACAGCCAGCCGUUCAACCUCCAGUCUGUAGGCAGACUCGUCACCGUCCUGGAUGAGGCCGAUCAGUGUGGUGUCGUCUGCAAACUUCAGGAGCUUGACAGAGGGGUCAUUAGAGGUCGUUUGUGUACAGAGAGAAGAGCAGUGGGGAG